ACCCCAACUCUCUAGAUCAACGUAAAUAAACAAUAAAUGUCAUCUUUUAUCAGAUUGUAUUCUGUAACCAUCAUUUCCCCUUACUUUCUUGUCUCUAAAUCCUCUAAAUCAACAAUAUGUGGGGAUACGAUCGAUUAGAUUUUGUUGGGUUGAGUUUCGCUCGAGGGUAGACCUCGAAACUUGUUUCGGAUUAUGGAGUUGGUCACGUGUUUUGCAACCUCGGUUGGAUGUUGGAUUUUCUGGGGUUAUAUAUAUAUAUAAAACUAAAUAAUCUUCUAACCAUCGAUUUAACUAUUAAGGAGAAGGCAGUCAAAGCAUGAGUUUAUUCAAGAAAAAUGGUAGAAAUCCCAAGCUAUUUGCUACUGCGUUGGUAGCUACCGGACUAAUUACAAUUUCAUACAAGAUCUACUCGACAUAUUUUGGUAAUAGCAAACAUAAUGACGAAGUUAAAGACGAAAUAACAGACAGUAUAACAGAUAAUAACAUAACUAAUAUAAGUGAUAGGGACAUACGGAAUGAAAACUCUUUUAAGAUACGAAAACAAUAUCUGAAUCAAUCUAUUGCUCUUACCCUUAGUUCAUCAAUCCUAUCAUCCAAACUUCCAUUAGAUGACAUUCUUGUCAAAGGUGGUGAAAAUAUCAUAUUUAUCCUUCCGCCUAACUUAUCGGAGGAUGAUUUGGAUUAUAAUUUGAAGUCAACUCCAGCAACAAACUUCAAGUUAUUGAAGUGCAGUAAUAUUCAAGGUUAUUUAUCGAUGUUGAAGAAUUUAAAGCCUGAUCUUUUGUUUGUAUGUAGUGAUGAUUUAGGUGUAAGUUUUGGUAAUGUCUCAAAGGAUUUGAAUAACUUCAUAAAGACUAUAAUUAAUUUAGAUCAAAAUAGUGAUGAUAUUUAUUUGAAAAUACGGCCAAUGUUUAAUUAGGGUUAGUUAAUUAAUUACUUAAUAUAAAUUAUUUAUUCGUUAAAUAUUGUAAAGAUUGAAUAAAAAUUUCAGACCUCAACAAGCCAAACGACAAUUACAACUUCAACUUCAACUACAACUACAACUUACAAUUAAUUUUUUUAGACCAUUACUAUUUUAAUAAAUAUA